AUGGAAGUCAUUGUGGGCGGCGGUAGGGUUUGUGUUGAUGUCGAAGCUGGAGAGGCAUGUUUGAGGUUGGAUGACGAGAGUUUGGAGUUGGGGCCUGCUGAUACGCCUGCAAAGAAAAGUGGAGAAAUUCAGAAGAACAAUAUGGUUCGUAAACACAAGCAUGUUGUUCCUAUCAAACGAUCAAAAGGUCCUGUCAAGAUCACAGAUACAGAAAUUGCAGUAGGAGACAUAUCAUGUAGUUUGUAUGACACUAUAACUACAGAUGAAGUGAAUAGAGUGCGUGGAGCACUCAGAGCUAGUUCUGAGGAGCUGCAAGCAAGGGUUAAGGAUCCUCUUCCUGAUGCCUUACAGCUGGCUGGAAAUUUAAUUGCUGAAAUGGCAAGAAAAUUAUCUAAUCAGGGUACUUUAGCCAAAACACAAUGUGGAGAAGGUGUAGAUACUGUUAUUUCUGAACUGGCUAGAAAAAUAAUGAAUCCUGAUCCUUUGGUAAAAAACCAGAAUGGAAAAGAUGCAGGCUCAUCCCUCCUUUCAGCUAAGCCUUCAGCUGAAAAUCAGUCUGGAAAAGAUACCGAUGCAUGCAAUCCUUCAGCCAAUCACACUGUUGAAGCUUCUGUAGAAAACCUGAAUCAAACGGAAGUGGAUGAUGCCAAUCCUUAA